GGGAUCAUUGAGUCGACAUCAGCGGUUAGUUCUAUGGGCUAAUCCAUCAAACCUUCUUGCAGGGCCGUGGCUAGAUCAUUAGUAAACCACCCUCAGCCCACGCGUUGUCCGUGAUGCGCGUCGGAGUCUAUGAAUAGCGCAGCAUAAUGACUAUCAUGAAGGAUUCUCCCAGGUUCAUCGAUGUUUUGUCUGUCGCUGCGCUUCAUCUCGUGAGCCUGACUCGUACAGUACGACUCAUUUCCUUCGUUCUCAUUCCUAUAUCUGAUGUUACCGUCUUAUAUACGAGGAAAAGGGGAUCGUUCAAUCAUUGGGCCUAUUUGUGUAUGCUUGCCACGGUGAUCAUGUGGGGGUUCUGGUCCCUGUGUUGGAGGUUUCCUACCUUCGAAACCGGAGCAAGCAUAAGAGACCGCGGUGUAGGAUAUGUAGUUGCAAUCCACACAUGCAUUAGGUCACUUUUUCAUUGCGGUUCAGGGUUGCCUGGGAGGCGGCUUCAAACCUCAGGCUUCUGCUUCGGUAUCUAUGUGGAUUUCUGCGAACUCGAAGGCUGGCUCCUGGUUUUGGCGGCCAUGAUCCUCCCUCACCUUCAAUACCCUAGGGUCUUACAGAACUUAUAAGACAAGUUGUCCGCAAACCUUGUCUGCCCAUUCGAUAAAACACAUCGAUCCGAAAGG